CGCACAUGCAUUGCGCUUGCGGACCGUAGACGCGUCGGUAGUGCUCCCGACUUGUACAUGUGUGUGAGCUUUACUUCAUUUUUUUUUUAAUUUUUGUUACUGAGUUGGACUAAGGAGUUUGGAGGAGGAUGUGCGACUGGUUGUCACGCGAGGAGUGGUGCGACGUCAGCCUGCUGUGCGGCGGCCGCGCGUUCGGCGCCCACCGCGCUGUGCUUGCUAGCGUCAGCUGCUUCCUCAGGCGGAUCCUGCUUUCUUGUCCUAUAGAAGACGCGCCGACGUUAAUUGUCUUGCCCGACUUCGACCUAGAAGCCUUGUCGGCGGUCCUUUAUUAUAUUUACAACGGCGAAGUCACAAUGUCGAUACAAAAGGUCGAUAAAUUUUUAGACAUCGUGAAAGCCAUGCAAAUUUUCGUCGACCGGCAGUAUUUGACGCGACUCUCUAUUAAUAUUGACAUUGAAUAUAAUUUACACAAACCGGAAGCAAAUGAUGCUAGUGCAUUUAUCUUACGCUCAGAUAAUGAUAGUAAUUCAUCACUAGUCGCUUUUAGGAAAAUGUAUCAACAUACGGUUUCACGCAGUACAAAAGAUGCUACAGAUUAUGAACAGAUUAUACAAGCGUCUCUGAAUUGGAAUGAACAGUUUAAGCCCGUUUUGGGAAAUCUGCAAUCGUCGCAUGAAGACCGACAAAGAGACUAUUUUCUACGUGAUUCAUUUAUGGAGACAUAUCCUCGAAACCGUAACGCUAACGGUCGGGCAGCGGGCGUGCCAGCAAUACCAAACACAAGCUAUCGCUCCCCGACAUCUCUGUUCUUGACGAAUGCAAAUCUGAAUGGAUCUCUUAGCCCUGACAUGUUGAAUAUGCCAUCCGAUAAUAAUGCAACUAGUCAGCCUCAUAAUUUAAGACUAACAAGUAAACCGCAGGAUAAUGUGGCUAUAACAUGGCUGCAAAGAAAAAUGUCUAAUUUAAAUAACCUUUUGAUAGAUAAGCCAGGAUCUUUAAUCUCUAUGGAUACGUUGCGAAAUAAUUCUAGACAUAAGUCGUAUUUAGACUUAAGUAUAUUACAGAAAGCUCAUACAGCUAUGCCGACAUCAGUUGCCAAAAAUAAUGUGACUAAGACAGAUAAUUGCACGCAGAUAAAAAUUGAGAAAAGUAACAUACAACAUAAGGCGGCGAUCUUAAAUAAAGCGCUGGAUAGUCCCUGGUGUCCUCGAUUACCUAACAGCUUCAGACCAUUCGAAGAAAAGGACCCAGUAAUAUUCAUUUACCAAAUGAUAGUAAUAAUAACGUAUAUAUCAUACCUACCACGCUCAAGGAUGACCGUUUGGAGAGCCCGUCUGACCUUUGUAAUCGUGACCAUUUUAUACCGAAGACAAUUUCGUCGCUCGAAGAAAGCAAACAUCCGGAUAGUCAUACUCAGGUAUGCUGUUUUUCGUCUCUUAAUGAUGUUGAGUAUUUCUGGAGACUUCUUCAUUCUACGCAAAACUUCUUCGGUAGAGCCACAUCUCGAAGGCAGCAAGUCUAUCUGUUGUCAAGAGUCAAACCGAGGCCGCUACGCCUGCAACGAGUGUGGAAAAACCUUCUCUCAGCUGCGGAACUUCAAAUACCAUAUGUCGGUACAUCGCGGAACCCGCGAGUUCGCCGCAUCUUGUGCCGUGUGUGGCAAGUCUUUUAACGACCGCGGGUACCUCAGUAGCCACAUGAAGAUACAUAGAAAUCGCAAGGAGUACAAAUGUUCGCAAUGCCCGAAAUCCUUCAAUCAACGAGUCGCCUACAACAUGCACGUCCGAAUCCACACAGGAGUGAAACCCCACGUUUGCCCCACUUGUGGCAAGGCGUUUUCCCGCAAGAUGCUUUUGAAGCAACAUCAGCGGACGCACUCCGGAGAACGGCCCUACGCCUGCCCACACUGCGAUAAGCGCUUUGCUGACCGAUCUAACAUGACUUUGCAUCUUCGGCUUCAUACAGGCGUGAAGCCCUUCAAAUGCCCGAUGUGUCCAAAAUCGUUCACAAAGAAACAUCAUCUUAAGUCGCACGUCAACUUCCACACGGGGGCCAAGCCAUACUCCUGCCCUCGGUGCGGUCUGGCCUUCACGCAGUCUUCAAACAUGAGGACCCAUAUGAAGAGAUGUACUGCCCCAGAACCUAAUACUGGAAAUUCGGAGAAUUUGACGUAAUCAUACAAGGACAUGGUUAACCCCUAGUAUGCGGCCUGUCAAUUUUGAUCAUUGAAAUAGUGACCUUAACAUAUUAGAUUAAAAUUCCCACACAACAAUAGAUUGAAAUUCUCACGCACGGAUCCGUGUCUAAGCAUACGAGGGGUUAAUAUAUUUGUCAAGUGUGUUGAAGCAUCAUCGGAAGGCAGCCAAGUAGGUACAGGUUGUUAGCGUUAGAUCAGGUUAGAAAGUACCUAUGUACAUAAGGCAAUAGGAUGUACAUAGAGACAUACAAUAUUUUAUUUUAUUUUGCAUAUCGAGGGUGCUCAGGGUAUUUCUGACAAGGAUGACUUAGGAGCCUUGCAUCUCAAUUUUUUAAAUGUGUAGUGUGGAGUCCAUUGCAUUAUGGGCGUGUAAAUAAAAAUAUUUUUGAGAGCAAUCACAAAUCUAAUAGCUAAUUAUAUGUUUUAUAGGUUGAAUAAAGUUCAUAAUGAAACCACAUUGUUUUAAUUUUCUUCCUGCUUUAUUAUUAUUUUAUCAGGAUUUGGUGUUGUAAAAUAAUUACCGAUCAAGGUGUACAAAAUUACAGGCCUUUACAAUAGGUAGCGCCCAAGUACCGACGAAGCACAGGGAUUACAUAAACAGUGUUUAAUGCUUCUCACCGAUGUUUUUAGAUACAAUUUGCAAUGUAUUUUAUCCUAAUAAUAAUAUUAUUUGUUGUGUGAAGUUUUGACGUAACCCGGUUUCUUUAUUCAUUGAUGUUGUGAGGUAAGUAAUAAUAUACAGGCCAAUUUGAACCUAUGUAAGCUACACUGACAAUAGGAAUUAUACAUAUAAAUUUCUCCUUUCCCGACCCAACCACGUAAGACA